ACAUCUUUAUAAGAAGUGGCCGGCAUGCACUAGUGUGGCACUUCACAUAGCAGCCACGACUCCGUAGAUGGCAGCAUCGGCGUCCCACAUCGCGGCUUUGGCCGCCGUCCUCCUCUUCUUCCCUUCCCUCCUCGCCCCCGUCGCCGCGCAGCAGGGCAAGGCCAAGGCCUUCUGCAUCAGUCAGUUCGCCAUUGCCAGCCAGGCCUGCUCCAUCCUGCCGCCCAGCCCUCCGGAGGACGACCGACACCAUCACCACCACGACGAUGACGAUGAUGAUGAUGACGACAACGAUGAUGACGACGGCGACGACGAUCACCACGGUGGAGACAGUGACCGCCGCCUCCGUGGACGCCAUGGCCACGCGGCGGUCAUCAACAUCUCGUCCCUUGGUCUGAUGGCGGCAAACAGCAACAGCAGCGGCGUUGUCGUUGCAAGAAACGGCACCGGUCACCAUGGCGGCAACCACACGCGCCGCGGGCACGGCCGUCUGCGUGGGCGUGGACGCGGGCGUGGGCGUGGACGUGGGCGCCGUGGUCGUGUGCGCGACGGUGAUGAGGACCCCGACCAUGACGACGACCAUGAGGAGGACCCCGACCAUGAUGAUGACCACGAGGAGGACCCCGAUCACGACGACGACCAUGAAGAAGACGACGACCAUGACGACGACGACGAUGACGACGACGAUGACCACGAGCACGAGCACGAGCACGAUGACGACAACCACGAGCACCACCACGACGAGGAGCUCCGGGCGUACCGCGACUGCUGCCGGUGGCUGCAGGAGGUGCAGAAGGACUGUGUCUGCGAGGCGCUCCUACGGCUGCCGCCGUUCCUCGUGAAGCCACAGCACAAGUACGUCGUCCGGGUGGGGCGUACGUGCCGGAUCGUCUACCGCUGCGGCGGCGUGUAGCCAGCCGUAGGCACGCAACUGGCCGGUUCAGACGUUUGGUUAACUGCACUCGUUGUUCCUGCUUCCUCUCUACGACUGCGUGCAUGUUCUGCUCUUUAGUCUACGUAGAUGGAUAAUUAGGUAGGCAGCACGUCUGAAUCGGGUCGGGUGUAAUUUUUCUACCAAGUAUUGUCCUGAAAGUUUUUCGAUGUUCUUCCGUUCUGAUAGACUAAUCUAUAUCUAAUAAUAAAGCGGCUAUUGCUUU